CCUCACUCAGGCGCCAGGCGAGAGCAAAUCUAACAGUCUAGCCUUCCCAGGCAUGCGGUGCCGGAUGCUCCUGCUCCUUUUCUCGUUGAUGUUGGUAUCUCUGGGCAGCGUCGGGCGCUCAGGGGCAGGUGAAAUAGAGUGUAACAGGACCCAGCAAGUGGCUUGUGGUGAGAAGUGCAUUCCUGUGGCCUGGCUCUGCAAUGGCGAGCAAGAAUGCCCGGAUGGGACGGAUGAGCAGUGUGAGGAAACUUGCCUUGGGCACCGGCAAGCCUGGCAGUGUGAUGAUGGGAAAUGUAUUCCUACCAGCUGGUUUUGUGAUGGUGCCAGGGACUGUUUAGACGGCUCCGAUGAGGUUAACUGUGAGAUUUUGACAGCGUGUCCAGACUACAAAAUCCAGUGUCCGGGAAAGGCUCAGUGUCUGGAUGCUUGGGAACACUGUGAUGGCCAUCAGGACUGUGACGAUGACUCUGUAAAAGAACACUGUCCCCACAGCCGUUGCUUGGCGGGGCAGUGGCAAUGCCGGAAUCGGGCAUGCGUCACGGCCAGCUGGAGGUGUGAUGGCAUCGACCACUGUGGUGAUGCCUCGGAUGAGGAGGGCUGUGCCGCCUGUCCAGAAGGCGCUGUUAGCUGUGACGGAGGGAAAUGCAUCCCAGACUCUUGGAUGUGUGAUGGGAAAGCUGACUGCACAGAUGGUACUGAUGAACCCAGCACGUGCGGUAAAAACUGUUCCCUGCUGAAUGGUGGUUGUGAGGGGUCAUGCAGUGAUACCCGCUGGGGUGUCCAGUGUUCCUGCACGUCAGGGUGGCAGUUGCAGCCCGAUGGAUGGAGCUGUGGAGAUGUAGACGAGUGCUCUCUGGCGUAUGGUCCUUGUAGCCAACUGUGUCAUAACACACCCGGCUCUUACUCCUGUGGCUGUAUUCAAGGUCACCAGCUCUACAAUGGCACAGACUGUCGGGUUACAGAUGACGAUGUUAAAAUUCUUAUAGCAGCAGAUAAAGAGCUUGGCAUCCUGGACCGAAGAACAGGCAUCUAUGAGAUGCUCAUUCCUGUAAAGUCAAGGCCCAGUUCUGUUGAUUAUGACCUGAACAGAAACAUGUACUUCUGGGUGGAUAAAGUCUUGAAUGUGUUCAUUCUUGGGAAGCCAAGCUCUGUUCCCCUCUACCCAGAACUCCCACCCGUGAGCAGUAUUUCUCUGGACUGGUUUACGGGACAGUUGUACUGGGCUAGUAGCUCUGCGAAGGUCAUCUGUGCUGGCUUAAGUGAUGGCAGAGGCUAUGUCAAAAUCUUGGAAAAGGACCUUGUGCCGGAGGAGCUCGUGGUGUUUCCUGCAAAGAAGUAUUUGUACUGGGUAAAUCGGAGUGAGAAUGGAGUGAAGACGGUUGAGACUGCAGGAAUGGACGGCUCUGACAGGAAGACACUAGCAGUGGUGACCACAGAGGAGCCUUUAGGGCUGACACUUGAUCAUGUGACUGGCAGACUCUACUGGAUCGGUGGCUAUAAAGAGUCCAUAGAGACCGUGAAAGUGGACGGCAGUGGGAGGUACACCUUUUCUGGGAUAUUUUUUGAAGACGAAGAUCCUGUUGGUCUGACUGUGUUUGAGAAUGCUUUCUUCUGGGCAAAUCAAACUCAACUGGUCCGGACCUCGCCCAGCAAUCCGAAGGAGAGAGAGGUGUUGCUCCACACCUCUCGUGCCUCUGUGUCUGCUUUCUCAGUCCUCCACAGAUCCCAGCAGCCCAAGAGCAGACACUCGGCGUGUGUUCCAGGUUCUUGCAGCCAUCUGUGCCUCCUGUCCCCCAUCCAUCCCAAGGGCUACAAGUGUGUCUGUCCAGAGGGACUAUUUCUUUUACCUUCUGGAACUUGCAGUGAGCUGAAAGUUGUGUUUUCUUCUGGCAAGCGUCUAUACUUGCUGAAAGUCAGCUCUAUGGGAUCUGCUAUAGAAAGAACUCUAGUGGAGGAGCAUGCUGGGAACCUCUACUUACUGGAUGUUGACUGGAAAAGGAACUUCAUCUAUUGGUCAGAUGCCCAGGGACAUCUCAUUUAUUCAGAGGGAUAUUCAGGGCAAAAGCGAGAGAUUUGGACCCAGCAUACAGUCUGCUCGGCAAAUGUGGACAUCUCCACUGGGAACCUGUUCUGGCUACCCUGUGACCGAAGUGCAAUUCAGAAGACCAGAGUUCCUGGCCCUGACUCCUAUACUCUCUACAGCACUGGCAAUGUUAUACUACAGCUGCUUCUUGACUGGCCUAGACGGGUGCUGUACUGGGUGGAGAGUGGGAAGCCCCUACAAAGCAUGACCCUCGAUGGCAAAACCAGACAGGAAGUCUGGAGAGGCGCCUGGGCGGCAGACACCCGGAUGGCCUUGGACCUUGGGUCUGCUAGUAUCCUCUGGACCACCAAAGGGUUGGGGUUGCACAGUCUCAGUCUACUAAAGAACCGAACAUGCUCCCUGAACGCAUCCUGGAGCGAUGUGGUUAUGGCGGCCCAUGAGCCCUACCUGGUGACGGCAGACAAGGCAGCUCUUGUGCUGUGGAACAGGAAGACACUGGAGCCCUUCUCCACGCUGAAGGAGCCACACAUAAAGAAAAUGAUCAUCUUGGCAGAGAACCAAAAAGUUCCAGGAGUCUUCCAGUGUCUGGAUGGAAGCCGGUGCAUAGAGGAGAAAGACCACUGCGAUGGAGCUCAGCAGUGCCCCGAUGGGUCCGAUGAGCUGGGCUGCUGGCAGCCUGUUGAAGACUGCUCACUGCGCUGUGACAACAAAACCCGGUGUAUCCCUAAAAGCUGGCGGUGUGAUGGGAAACUAGACUGUUUAGACAGAAGAGAUGAGCAAGGGUGCGUUCGUGAAGAAUGCAGCUCCUCUGAAUUUCAAUGUGGGAAUGGCCAAUGUAUAUCGUCUUCUCUGCAUUGUGAUGGGAACCGAGACUGCCUGGACCACUCAGAUGAGGAAGGAUGCCCUGUUGCCCUGCGGUGUCCAGAAGGGGAGAGGAGAUGUCCGAAGAGUGGAGAAUGUGUGUUGACAGAGUGGAUAUGUGAUCAUGAUGCAGACUGCAAAGAUGGAACCGAUGAGAAGGACUGCAACCCCGAGGUGCUUCCAUGUGGCCCAAGGCAGUGGGCCUGUAGAAGUGGAGACCAAUGUGUACCUGAUUUCUGGCACUGUGAUGGACAGAGUGACUGUAGAGACAGCAGUGACGAGGCUGAGUGUGCUCCGCAGAAGUGCCUGGAUUCUGAGUUCCAGUGUGCCACUGGCGCCUGCCUCAGCUUCAGUGUGGUGUGUGAUGGGCGAGAGGACUGUGCAGAUGGUUCAGAUGAGGGUGGAGAGUGUUCUUCGUCAGCCUGCAGCCCCGAGCAAUGUUACCAUGCCUGCUACCAGACUCCAGCUGGGCCAGUGUGUGCUUGUGCCCCAGGUUUUGAGCUGGAUGAUAGUGGUCAAACUUGUCAAGAUGUAAAUGAGUGUCAGCGGCUAACUGGUCGACCUUGCAGUCAGACCUGUAUCAAUACUGAAGGCUCAUAUAACUGUGCCUGUCACCCUGGCUACUUGCUGGGCCCUGAUGGCCACAUUUGUAAGGCAGCAGGUUCUGAGCCAAUCCUGCUUGUUGCAAUUGAGUUUAACCUAUUCCUUUCCGGACUGCGAAGCUUAAAAGAAGAUAUCCUGGCAACUACUGACAAGACCCUGGCUAUCUACUCUGUGGACUAUGACUUAGUGGAUCAGAAAGUCUUCUGGGCAGAUCCCAAUGCAGAAAGUAUAAGGUGGAUGAGUAUGGCCACGAAGAAGGAUGGGAUAGUGGUGAGAGGAAUAAAACCAGACUGUAUAGUGGUUGACUGGAUUGGAAGGAAUCUCUACUGGACCGAUAGGGGAGCUGGCCAGAUCUUGGCGAUUCAGUUAACUGCUGUUGAGAGAGGGAAGUCCGAGCACACAGUUGUCCUGGAUGAUGUGCUUCAGCCCCAGUCUUUGGCUUUGGAUCCCCUAAAUGGACUGAUGUACUGGUCCAAAAUUGGAGGAGAACCUCAAAUAGAACAAGCUGGCAUGGAUGGGAGCAGCAGGAAGACGCUUGUCAAUCAAGGUCUUGGUCGGCCAACUAGCCUCACUCUUGACCAGUUAAGCUGGAAGAUAUUCUGGUCUGAUGAGAAAUUUCACUGCAUUGGCUCUGCCAACCUGGACGGCAGUGACAUUAGUAUGUUGCAGCUAACACAAAUCAAGAACCCCUUUUCAGUCGCUGUGUUUGAAGAUAAGAUCUUCUGGUCUGAUCUGAAGACGAGAACAAUACAGCACAUGGAGAAGAUGACAGGCAAGGACAGGACUGUCCUCAUCAAGCGUUCUGGACAGCCCUUUGCACUCAAGAUCAUGCAUGAAGUCCUCCAGCCCAGGUCUUCCAGUCCUUGCCUGGACAGGGGAUGUUCUCACUUGUGCCUUCUGAGCCCACGAGCUAAGGGAAGCUGUCGUUGCCCAGUUGGCCUCCUGCUGGCAGAUGAUGGAAUCACCUGUGUCUCUCUCCAAGAGUCUGCCUUUGUGUUCCUGGUAUUGCCCACUGUUCUCACCCAGAUCUAUCUGAAAAACCUUAAGACUGCGACACAACAAACAACUCUACCGGAACACAGAACGCUCCCCUUCACCAGCGUCAAUCAGCUGGCCUCGGUGGAUUAUCUCAUCCAGGAAAAGGCCCUCUACCUGUCAGAGCUGAAUACCAGUGACAUCAGCCUACUGAGGCUGGAAGAACCAGGGAUCCUGUCAUGGCAGAGAAUCGUAUCUGGGAAGGGGACAGUGGUUGACUUUGCUCUGGACUGGCUGAGUGGGAACAUAUAUUGGAUUGCCAGUGAGAACCCCCACGUCAAUGUUGCUUCCUCCAAAGGCCAACAUCCCAUAGUCUUGCUCAGUGAAAACCUUUACCACCCAACCUCCAUUGUCCUCCACCCACCUACAGCAGUCAUGUGCUUGGCAGACCUGGGUUCUCAGGAUGAUGGGAGAUAUGGUGCCAGCAUUGAAUGUGCCUCAAUGGAUGGCAGCAGGAGAAGGGUGCUAUGGCUGAAGUCCCAGGUACCUGUGGGCCUGGCUUUUUCGGAUUCAGGGACCCGAGUAUACUGGGCUGAUACUGGGCAGGGGCUUAUCCAAAGUAUUCAGCUAGACGGCUCGGGGUACAGAGUGGAGCACCAAGGAGUAAAGGGUCUUCAUCUCUUUGCACGUGGCCAAGACAUGAUGCUGUGGACAACAGUUGAUGGCGCCCAGAUCACCAAAGUUUGGUACAGCAAAGCUCAAGUCUCGGAAAACCAAUGGUUUCAAGUAGACCAGAAGGUUGUAGACCUAAAAGUUUAUAGUACACUUAGUCAACAGGGUAACAACAGCUGCUCCACAGACAAUGGAGGAUGCAGUCACAUCUGUUUACCAAAUCCUGAGGGCAAGACUUGCAGGUGUCCUGUGGGCUACUGCUUGGUUGAUGGUCACACGUGCGUGGAAGCUGUCCAGUGCUCUCUGCAAUCACGAUCUUGUAAGGACGGUCAGAAGCGCAUUUCCACAGAGCAAGUUUGCGAUGGUCAUGUUGACUGUCUGGAUGGAUCUGAUGAAGUGGCCUGUCUGAAUCCAGAUAAAAGCCGUUCCACAUCAAUACUUAAGAAGCCGGAAGUUCAGAAACGGUUGACACCAGAAGCUUCCAAACUUUUCCAGGCUACUGAGUCCACCACAGGUGAACAUCUAGGACAAGAAGGGAUGCGGCAUCCUGUCAGAAAAACACUAACCACGUCAAUGCCUGCCCCAGAUAGCAAGAUCCCCCAAACCAAGGGAAGAGAGGAAACUGUUGAUUCCAGGGCUCUACCGGAGGCAAAUCAUGUGCCCUGUAGCCAAGACUUUUGCAAUGGAAGAGGGGUCUGCACCAUGGAAGGAAAGCUGAGGAGAUGCCUCUGCCUGGCGGAAUAUAAUGGAGAGUUCUGCCAAGAAGCAACCCGUGGCCUGGCCACUGGCUAUGUGGCCCUAAGUGUCGCAGUUGCUUUAUGGGCGAUUCUGGCAGUUCUGGGGCUCUUUCUGCGUUUCAGAAGAAAACGUAAAUCCAAAAGAACAUCGUCAAGAAAUUUGGACUAUGAUAAAGAAAACAGCCAAGAAGAAGAAAAUCUAAUGAAUAGCGAAACUUUUGUCAAUGAAGUCUAUGAUGAGCAGGCUGGAUCCCAGAGCCCACCUCGCACAAAGUCAUGGCCUUCUGCACAGAUUUCAUUGUGGGAAGACACACCUCCAACUGUGGCAGGUAAAGAGAAGUCACCAACCAAUCAAUUUGCCGCCAUCAGAUGUCUCCAGGUUCCUAUUUUACAGACCAGUGAUUAAGGCUUUGAACAUGACUGCUUGCCUUCCUAUGGUAAAUCCAAUUCACAAAGGAUGAGAACACAAGUUAAACUGGAAAGGAGUUAGACUACAGCUUUUCCUCUGUUGUUUAGUUACACGGAAGCAGCCUGAACUGAAUGAA